AUGGCCGGGGCUGCGGUUCUAACUACGCACUCCCGCGGAGGUGAUCUAGAACCAACUUUUGGCGAGGAUUCCACAUUCCAAAAAUGAUCAACUCUUCUUUACAUAUGGUCUGUGCUGCCCACUGAGGGGAGAGAUAUAACCAUACUCCCUGCCUACACACGGACGAGAGAGAUGACCAACCCAUUACAUUUGAACACACGAACACCCACAUAUCGGUGAUGGAACCUCAACCACACGCCUUACCUACGACCGACCACGUCAGGAGGCAAUGAUGAAAGAAUGUUCUCCCGUGCCCUUCGCACAUUUAUGGGCAUGAAAUUACACAAAACUGGGAGACCACUCCCGUGUGCCGCACAAUUUGACACAGAUGCAUGCAUAUGCAUACCAAACUCAAUUACUUACCAAAUCAUAUUCCUCGCGUUAAAUGCAUACCAAACUGGAAAUACACGUGUAAAAUGGAUGGAGAUCCACAACCAACAGGGUGCCACACAUAAAACACCCAACUAACUAACAGCCCAACACUUUUCGUCUACACCUUCCCAACAUAACAUAUAUAAGACACACAACACAGCUACCAAACUGUCUUGUUGAGCCUGUUAUCCGCAGGGGAGAUGUCCAUAUAUGCUGUCUGGGAAAUCGUGGACACACAACAGGUAGUUUUCUUUGACGCUAUGAUUCCAUUGCUAAUCUGUCUUUGACUCUUUUCUCUGACGGAAAUGGACUCGUUGUGUUGUAUUUGGA